AUGAGGAGAUUUUUGGUUGAUAGAGAAAAUAUUCAGAAUGUGAAUGUUGUGCAAUCGGAAGUCAAAUUAGAACCACCGCUUAAUAAUGUGGUUAAUGAGUUUAAUCCAAAUGAGAUUGUGCGUGAUCCAGGAUAUAGGGAACAAAUUAGUGAGUAUGCUCCAGAUAUUCAAGACCAAGUGAGGAGGGCAUAUAUAUUGAAGGGUCCAAUGCAACCAGAUUUGUCAAGCUUUCCUCGUACUCAAUUUGGAAGUCAACCCGGGAGGGCCGAGCACUUUGGUUUUGAAGUCUUCACUGAAAGCGGAUAUAAAGAUUGGAAUCAUGCAUCUCAAGGCUUGAAAGGUCAUGUUGGUAGUUAUAAUAGUUUGCACAACUCAUGUGUCAAGCACUACGAUGAUUAUAAUAAUCAAAGACAACGUAUGACAAGUAAGUUUGCUAAAGCAACCAAGGAAUCUGAAGAAUUGUAUAAGAUUCAUUUGACUUGUUCUUUAGAUUGUUCAAGAUAUCUCAUAGCCCAAGGCAUGGCUUUCCGUGGCCAUGAUGAAUCCUCUACUUCACUAAAUAAGGGAAAUUUUAGAGAGAUGGUAGAUUGGGUAAAAUCUCAGAAUGAACAAGUGAGGGAUGCUUUUGACCGUGGUAGAAAAAAUUGUACAAUGACUUACGGAGACAUUCAAAAGGAGCUUGCAAUGUUUGUGAAUGACAAAGGGAAUGUUGUUGAACGAUUUAUUGCUCUACAUCAUGUCACAGAUACUUCAUCUAAGUCAUUAAAGGACGCUCUUUAUGGUAUUCUUGAUAAGUACACGUUAUCGAUUUCAAGGAUACGAGGGCAAGGAUAUGAUGGAGCUUCAAAUAUGAGAGGUGAAUUUAAUGGUUUGCAAAGAAAAAUUCUAGAAAAAUUCUAUGUCCAUUGUUAUGCUCACCGUUUGCAAUUGGUUGUUGUGUCUGUUACUUGUAGUUGCUCAUCUAUUCAUGAUUUCUUUGAGUAUAUUGCCUUGAUUGUGAAUACAACAAGUGCAUCUUGUAAGAGGAUGGAUGCUUUGACAAAGGCACAACACCAAUAUAUUUUAAAUAAACUUGAGAGUUGUGAGAUAUCUAGAGGAAGGGGCUUGCACCAAUCAUCUAGUCUCACUAGACCCGGGGAUACUAGAUGGGGUUCACAUCAUACUACAUUGCUUCGUUUGGAUCAAAUGUGGUCCUCCGUGUUAAAGGUGCUUACUAUGGUUGAUGAAGAUGGACGUGGACCAUCUCAAGCAGCGUGUUUGAUAGAAAAAAUGGAGAGCUUUUGA